AUGUCUUCUUACAAAGAAUUAAUGGAGAGAAAUGGGCAGCAUGCUGUUAGCAGUAAUUCUUAUGCCCAGAUGAAUCAGUCUCCGCUGGAUUUGGAUUACUUGAUUUACACCUUGAGAUCUCCAACCCCGGAUACAAAUGUUCUGAAGGUUUUGGGAUAUAUCUACCAUUACAUUCCGUAUGUGAAGGUGGAGCAUAAUCUUCGGGUAAUUUUAUCGAGUUUUUUGAACAAUCAGGUCUGCUUUGGAAACAAAAUCCCGAGCUACGAGGACAAUUACCUUAUCAUUGAGGUGUUCAAGUUGAUCACAGACAAGAAAUUGAAAGUGUCGCAACCAACGCUUUCCAUAAAGAUAUACUACGAAAUCAUCUUGAAGGAGCUUGAGAACUUUGUUGCUUACAACCCAUUGCGUAAUAGCUGGAAAGUAAUGCCCAUUAUCAGUGGACUUUGGCUCUCCAAUGAACUAAGGGACCAAUUAUACACGGACAACAACGUUUUGGAGUACAAAUGGUUUUUCCACGAGUGGGACGAGAGAUCCGAUGCAUUAUUCAAGAAAUGCUUACGCCAUUCUCUCUCGGAAGCUGCCCCUCUAGACAUCACCAAUCUUGUGUUGUUGAGUUUGGCUUUGAAAUAUAAGUUGCGUGAGAACCUCAACGACUACCUUGGCAACAUUCACAGAAAAUUGGUGAUUUCUCAACUCACAUCUUUGAUCUUCAGCUUGCAAACAUCCGAUGGCUAUAAGUAUAGGUUGUUUGCAGAAACGGGUCCAAACGACCCACACUGGGAGGAGUUCAUCAAAACCAAGGUCUUGCAAAGACCUGUGAUAAAGCAUUUGAAUAGGCUUGCAUUUUUACUUGAGUCAUUACUUUGUGAUUUGCCAUAUAAUGAUGGCAACUUCAAUUUGAUCAUGAGUUUGAUCGAGGGUAUGUUGGAGUUCAAUAAAGAAUUGAAUCACUUCACUGCCAGCCAGCCACGUCUCAACGUUGGAUCCGAGUCCGCUUCCGAAGAGAAUAAAUUCCAUGCACAAUAUUUGAUGUUGAUGAAGAGCUACUUGUUCUUCCAGGUCAUUGUCUUCCAGGGUAUACUUUCUCGAUUUGUUUCGGGCAGAAAUGUCAACUUAAUGUAUGCGCUAUUCAGACCCAAACGGCAUGUCAGUCGCAUGGAAUACGAGUAUUCUGAGAUUGGAAGAUCUAUUUUACAUUCACUCUACUAUUUGAACUUUAUUUUAAUGGAUAUUGGCCUGGGUGGAUUCGAUGGAUACAAUUUCGUUUAUUACGUUUGUCUUGAAGUCUGUCUUCAAAACAAUAGGGGAGCUUCCUUUGAGCGUUUCACUCGUUACUUGAUUGGAAACUACAAAGAGGUGAACUUGCACCAUGAUGCUCUUAAUCGAAACUAUGUUUUGAGAUGCAAGGUUCUCUUUGUCCUUGGGCUUUGGGAGAACUACUUACAGAUGGUCAGAGAAAAGGAUUCGAACUUCGAUCCUGAAUUUGUGGAGUUCAUUUAUGCUACAACAAUCGAUAAGGCAAGGGAUCCAUCCAUCUCUGAUCAUAUCUUGGUAGAGGCUCUCCACUCGGUGCUCUUGGUGUACUUUACUAAUAAGCAAGACACCAGCAAAGCUUUGGGGCACGUUUUGAAUUACUUUGAAGUUUUGGCCGAUCAAUUUCCCCGCAUCCUUUCUGCCAAUCAGCUCAGUGUCGCUGUGGAGACCUUAGGUAAGAAAAUCUUAUCUACCCCCAUCAUUUACGGACCAGAUAGUUUUUACAGAAAUUCUGCCGAGGAAUUCCUUGAGUUCAUUUUCUUCAAAUGUCAAAAUACAAUGCCAGGGCUGUCAAUCAAGACAAGCACUGGCACGGUUCUCACUUCUGCUCAGCCUAUCUCCGAAAUAGACGCUGCUUCCACAAUGUCACAGUUGAAGAAAAACGAUCCGAACCAAACAGACAUUGUCAAAUUCAACAAAAUGAAGAAACCUAAAGAUCUUCCUGGUUUAAAAUUGUUUCCUUCUAGUGAUGCAAAGGAACAUUUUUCUAAGAGAGAAGUUCCUAACACAUCUCGUGAGGCAUUGAUUGUCGCUUUUCUCCACAUAAUUCCAUAUCUUCCCAUGAACGCCUUUAUUCAUUGGCUAGACAGAAUUUGGACUCUUAUCAAAACAAGUAACCAGGAAGAACGUGCAUACUUGACCGAUAAGCUUUGGCUAGUGUUGAGCAAUAAUCUCGAUUUCAACCGGUGCCAACUUGCGUACCCAUGGUGGUAUGAGACAAAACAGGCAGUGGAACGAGACAUUGGACAUACUCUGAAAUUAUGA